GACCGUUAUUCUACCCCGCCCCUCCCCCUUCGCGGACGGCCGAAGGAGACAAGAUGGCGGCGAAGAGCGGAAAAAGCGGUUUUCUGUCCAAAUGGAAGAUCGAUGACAAGCCAAUUAAGAUUGACAAGUGGGAUGGUGCAGCUGUGAAAAAUGCCUUGGACGAUGCUGCUAAAAAGGUCCUUUUGGAGAAGUACGGGUAUGAGGAGAAUUAUGGACUGAUCGAUGGGCGACUCCUCAUUUGCACAAUUUCCUGUGUCUUUGCAAUAAUUGCACUUAUUUGGGACUACAUGCACCCUUUUCCUGAGUCGAAGAGUGUCCUUGCAGGUUGUGUCCUUUCCUAUUUUGUUAUGAUGGGGAUUCUUACGUUUUAUACCUCUUACAAAGAAAGAAGCAUAUUUUUAAUUGCCAUACAGAAAGACCCAGCUGGAUUGGAUCCCGGUGACAUCUGGCAACUCUCGUCAUCUCUGCGGAGGUUUGAUGAUCAGUACACCUUGAAGAUGACUUUCAUUGAUGGGCGAACCAACCAGGAGCGGGAGAGGGAGUUCACCAAGUCUCUCGAGUACUUCUUUGAUGAGUCUGGGACCCUGGUUAUGGAUUUGUUUGAGGUGGAAGUGUCCAAGCUUCAUGAUUCCUUGGGGAAGAAGAAAAAAAUUAAAUAAGAACGUGUGCUUCUUUGCAUUAUGUUGUAUUGCUGAGAUAAUGCUUGCAAAGAAAAGGGGAGAAAAAAAAACACUUUGUGGAAAUAUCUUUGUUAUGAUUGCACCCUCUUCAACACUGAUUCUCCUUUGGGUUGGAGGAGCACUUCACAUUUUCCAAAUUCGUUCAGCCGCAGCAACUUGCAUUUAUACAAUGCCUUCAGCUUUGUGGAAGGGUCAGAUGUGAUGCCACAACUUCAACUGGUCUGGUCCAACCUUAGACUGUCUCCACUGAAAAAUGAUGGAUUUGGUGCCUAGGAAUUGGAGUUUGUGGAUGGGCAAAAGGGUUUUCGUGUUCCAAUAUAGUUAGAGGACUGGCUGUAAGGGAUAGCAAGGAUGCAUUCUUGGAAAAUAUAGAUGUUCAAAUACAGACUACCAUCUUGAGAAAAUACAGUGCAACCUUCCUACUGCUGUGACACAUACUAUUUAUUCCUUGCACAUGAAGUUUUGUCAACAACUACUAUCCUUUGUUAAUAUCCAUCAUUCCGGGGAGCUGUAACAGAGGGGACAAUGAACCAGUUUUGGUCUUUCAGUUGAGAUUGUUGACUUGUGCCAGAUACCACAGAGCAAUCAACCCUUUGGAGUUGUGCUCACUUUGAGUAGGGAGUUAGAGGAAUUUGUUGACUGGACUGUUUGAUGUCAUGAGCUGUGCACUUUGUUAGGCAGAAGUGGACUUUGGCCAGUAUCUCAGGAUUGAUUUUCCAAUGGGCUGUGUAGGUCCAAAUUGUAAUCUGCUGGGAUGAUGUUUGAAGGGGGCUGUCUUGUGGACAAAUUCUUAACAAUGUUUCUAGCCCAUUUGCACUAAAAUAAUGAGCAGUGAGCUAGAGAAUGAACCAGUGCAGCUACUGCAUAUUGUCCCUCAGUGACUCCAAGGACAUGGGUCUGGUGAGGUUAAGCUUCAGUGUAUCAGAAUCUGUAAUUCCAGUGAUGGUAGAUGAGUUCAAACUAUCACUGCUGUCAAUUUCUUCUGCUCUUCAAAAUAGUGCUGUUCCAAGAAUGGCAAUGGAAUUUUCUUUCUAACAUCUAGCUGGUGGACAUCCCACUUUACAGAUGUCAUCUCUUGUCAGUGCCAAGCUGUAUUGGUAUUACUGAUUCCCACCUGGAGAUUAAGCCUAAUCAAACUUUAGCAACAGUGUUUUCAGAAGAGAAUUGAUCUCAACAAAGUGACAUGUCUACUUAACUAACACUGCACACAUCUUUAUAGAUGCUGGUUACAUGUUUUGGGAGGAAGCGCAGAAACUCUGUUUGCAUUGUUCAGUUCCUUUAUUCUAGAAUGCUUAUUCUGGUUAUCUUUAAAGUUUCACACAGCAAACCUUCGGCAAGUUAGAGUCAAAGCAAUUGUAUUUUUAUACCCUCCACUCUAAAUUGUUCUGAUAUUGAUCAAAUAAAAUAGAACAAGGCAGUGGGCAAGCAGUUGGCUGCCUCUAUUUAGGGGAAAUGUCUAAGAUUUAUUGUGGGGUGCUUGUGACCCUAUCCCAGGCAGCGGUAAUCAGUGUCUUCGGUCUCUUGUGUUCUGCCUAAAAUCUUGUCAAAGUGUAGAUCGGCCUGUAAUGACUCUAAAGAAACUUGCCCUUCAAUGCUGAAUGGUGUAAUGAGUGAAAGUGAGCGUAUUUGUGGAGCAGCAUUGUCCCUUCGUGUGUCCUUUGGGGAAAAAAGUCUCAGAAACGUGUUCAUCUACACAGCCCCUUUUGUGACUUCGGAUUUCUCAAAGGUGCUCAACAGCCAGUGAAAGUACUCUUUUGAAGGGCUGUCUUGACAGAAUGUGGGGAAAUAUGGCAUCCAGUUUGUAGAUGAUGGAGCAGUGAUUUAUGUAUGAAGUGAGGCUGUAUCCUGAAGUUAUCAACUUGUGAAUAUAUUUUUGUGAAAUACUAAUUUAAAUUUGUUUCAAAUAAUCCAAUCAAAUGUCACAAUUUGUAAUGGUGCACAUUCUCCAGGUAAAACGUGCAAAUUACAUUGGAACAGGAGUUCCAAAAAGGUUCCUCUGAUUAACUAAUGUAAAUUCAGUAGCUGUAGUAGACAGCUUCUUCAAACAAGAGUUCCAGAUAGGAGGCUGAGUAUGAUGUAGUGACUGGCUCAUCUUUCAAGACACAAGUCAAAAAGUAAUACUGUAUAUGUUCUGCUCCCUGAAUCGGUGCAGUUACAACAAAACUCGAUUUAAUAUGAAGCUGUCUGAUCAACGCAUCUAACAAAAUUGAACAAUGAUUGCAUUGUGCAUAAUCUAAAGAAUGCAAUCAACAACAGAUCGAAAUGUUGUUCAUUCCUCAAGCCCCCUUGAUGGGCAAAGGCACUGAAGCAGAGAAUACCAUUGUCUGUGUUGCCCCACCAGGUCUGUCAUCGUUUUGAUCUGGCUAUUUGCUGAAGCUAGCUCUGAAGCAUUCUAUCUCUGCCAUUGAGUGCUUGGACCAUAAAUAAUAUGUCCUUAGGAGAUUAUGGUAGAUCUUGAACUAUUGGUAGCUGUUAGGUACAAUAUUUGAUUUUGAGAGACCACUUUGAGUUGAGAAUCAUCUAUAUUCGUAUUAGACUGAAGUUACACACUGUACCAAAGUGUAUAGAUAUAUUUUAUGACCGUCUGACAGCUUCAAAGAUAUUUUACUGAUAGAUUUUUUUUCAAACUGCCCUGUUGGAGAUUUGAACUUUUCCAAUGAACAGCUACUCCUGUAAUAUGACAUUCCACCCUUUUGGGAGUGGAAAAAGGUUAUAAGUGUGAAUAUUGGUUGUAUCUGGCUUUGAGGAGAAAGUGAGGUCUGCAGAUACUGGAGAUCAGAGCUGAAAAUGUGUUGCUGGAAAAGCGCAGCAGGUCAGGCAGCAUCCAAGGAACAGGAGAUUUGAUGUUUCGGGCACAUUCCUGAAGAAGGGCUUAUGCCCGAAAUGCCGAAUCUCCUGUUCCUUGGAUGCUGCCUGACCUGCUGCGCUUUUCCAGCAACACAUUUUCAGCUGUAUCUGGCUUUGGUCUAUUAGAAACUGUUGAAAUCAAAUCUACUUCAUUCACUGGUAAUUUUAAUGUUAUUGUUUAUAAUUUGUGAAAGUUAGUGAUUAUCCUAUAAGAACUUGCUUUGGCAUUGCAUCUUUACACAGGAAACUAUCCUGUGCACUUUACAGGACAAUGGAUUGAGCUAUCAAGCUGAUGUUAGCACAUAUGACCAGGGUUUUAUGAAUGGUGAUGAUUCAAGUUGGAAUUGUACCAUUUGUUUUAUGUUGCCCGUGCAUAUUCUUUCUACCAAAAUUAAUUACUUCGUAAUUCACUGCACUAAAUUUCAACAGCCACACAUCUGUUCAUUUUAUCAACUGCUCUGUAUUAUCCUCAUAGUUCACAAUACAAAUUUUCAACAGUAUUGCCCUCAUGAACCGAUCUAUUACUUUUCAAAAAGAAACUAAAGGAAGUUAGCUAAACACAA